AUGAAACCAGACACUUUAGUCAAGAAAAUAAUAGAAGCUAUUGAAACAGCUUCACCAACUGUAAUAACUUUCAACGGUAAAAAAAUCAACAUAACUAAAAAACUUAUUGAUAAAUACAAAUAUUGUAAAGUCAGAGAUGAUAUAGACUUUGAAAGAAUUAACACAAAUGCAAAAGAUGGUGGAUUUUUACCUUUCCUACCUUUGAUAUGUGCUGGUCUUAUCGCUGCUGUUGCUGGUGGUACUGCUGCCAAUGAAGAUAAAGCCUCUGCAGUAAAAGCUGCCAAAGAACAUAAUUUAAUAAUGGAAAAGGAAGCAAAGAAAUUAGCUCUUGCAAAAAAAAAAGGUUCAGGAGUGGCAGAUAUAUUAGGUAAAGUUAAAGAAUUUGGAAAACGUUUUGGGGAAGAAACCAAGAAAACCGUUAAAGACGGAUUAAACACUAUCAUAGCUCGACACGGAAGAAAUGAAAGUCAAACAUAA